GCACCGGAAGUGUCCUGAGUUCUUCUUCCCCCGUGGCCGCGCAGAGCGGCUGUGGCCUCGGCCUUGCGGGCCCCGCGGGCGGAUGGCCCCGUUGGUGCCCGUCUCGCGAGGCGCGUUCCAGCCUGUGUUCCAGCGAGAGCCACACGUGCUGUGGAGACAACGAUGUGACGUGGGAAGCGUUUAAGUUCCCAUGUGCGUGGACGUCCCCCGUGUCCUUCCCCAAGAGCUCUAAGCCGCUCGUGAACGCGCCCCAACUAUGAGCGGCUCCAAACCCGACAUUCUUUGGGCCCCGCACCACGUCGACCGUUUCGUYGUGUGUGACUCGGAGCUGAGUCUCUACCACAUCGAGUCGGCGGCGAGCCCGGAGCCGAAGGCGGGCUCGCUGCGCCUCUCGGAGGAGACGGCCGCCACGCUGCUCUCCAUCAACUCAGACACGCCGUACAUGAAAUGCGUGGCUUGGUACCCCAAGUACGACCCCGAGUGUCUCCUCGCCGUGGGCCAGGCCAACGGGCGCGUGGUGCUUACGAGCCUCGGCCAGGACCACAACUCCAAGUCGAAGGAUUUGAUAGGCAAGGAGUUUGUCCCCAAGCACGCGCGGCAGUGCAACACCCUGGCGUGGAACCCCCUGGACAGCAACUGGCUGGCAGCUGGGCUGGAUAAGCACCGCGCCGACUUCUCCGUGCUCAUCUGGGACAUCAGCAGCAAAUACGCCCCCGAGGCCGCGGUCACCACGGAGAAGGUGAGGCUGUCGGCAGCAGACCCCGAGGGCGGCCUCGUGGUGACCAAGCCGCUGUACGAGCUGGGGCAGAACGAUGCCUGUCUCUCGCUCUGUUGGCUGCCGCGGGAUCAGAAGCUUCUGCUAGCUGGGAUGCACCGAAAUCUUGCUAUCUUUGACCUGAGGAACACGAGCCAAAAAAUAUUUGUGAACACCAAGGCUGUCCAGGGGGUGACUGUCGAUCCCUAUUUCCAUGAUCGCGUGGCUUCCUUUUAUGAAGGCCAGGUUGCCAUAUGGGAUUUAAGAAAGUUUGAGAAGCCUGUGUUGACCUUGACAGAGCAACCAAAACCUCUAACAAAAGUAGCCUGGUGUCCCACAAGAACUGGGCUGCUGGCUACUUUAACGAGGGACAGCAACAUCAUCAGGUUGUACGACAUGCAGCAUACCCCUACGCCCAUUGGGGAUGAAACGGAGCCCACCAUAAUUGAAAGGAGUGUCCAGCCUUGUGAGAACUACAUUGCUUCCUUUGCCUGGCAUCCCACGAGUCAGAAUCGCAUGGUGGUGGUGACUCCCAACAGGACCAUGUCCGACUUCACCGUUUUCGAGAGGAUUUCUCUCGCGUGGAGCCCGGUGACCUCUUUAAUGUGGGCUUGCGGGCGGCACCUGUAUGAAUGCACGGAAGAAGGAAAGGCCAGUUCCUUGGAAAAGGACAUCGCUACCAAAAUGCGUCUCAGAGCUCUGUCAAGGUACGGUCUCGAUACUGAACAGGUGUGGAGAAACCACCUGCUAGCUGGAAAUGAGGAUCCUCAGCUGAAAUCACUUUGGUACACUCUGCAUUUUAUGAAGCAGUAUACUGAAGAUAUGGAUCAAAAACUUACAGGAAACAAAGGUCCCUUAGUUUAUGCUGGCAUUAAAUCUAUUGUGAAGUCAUCUCUGGGAACAACAGAGAACCUCAGGCAGAGCAGAAGUGGAUCUGAUAGACAGGCAGAUAUUAUUCAGUAUCUCUCUGAGGAGAGAUCCUUGGCUUUGCAGCUCUGUGGGUGGAUUAAGAAGGGAACAGACCUGGAUGUGGAACCAUUUUUGAAUUCAUUGGAACAAGAAGGAGACUGGGAACGUGCUGCUGCUGUAGCACUUUUCAACUUGGACAUACGACGAGCAAUACAAAUCCUGAAUAAAGGUGCUUCCUCAGGAAAAGGUGAUCUGAAUCUUAAUGUAGUAGCAAUGGCCCUGUCAGGCUACACAGAUGAGAAGAACUCGCUUUGGAGAGAAAUGUGCAGCAGUCUAAGACUGCAGCUGAACAAUCCCUACUUGUGUGCCAUGUUUGCCUUUCUGACAAGUGAGUCGGGUUCCUAUGAUGGUGUUUUGUACGAAAACAACGUGGCUGUGCGGGACAGAGUGGCCUUCGCCUGCAAGUUCCUCAGCGACGCUCAGCUCAACAGGUUUAUUGAAAAGCUGACAAAUGAAAUGAAAGAGGCUGGGAAUUUGGAGGGAAUACUGCUAACAGGACUGACUAAAGAUGGAGUGGACUUGAUGGAAAGUUAUGUUGACAGAACUGGAGAUGUCCAGACAGCAAGCUAUUGCAUGCUGCAGGGUUCUCCAUCAGAUGUCCUCAAGGAUGAGAGGGUUCAGUAUUGGAUUGAGAACUACAGGAAUCUCUUGGAUGCUUGGAGAUUUUGGCAUAAACGUGCAGAAUUUGAUAUACAUAGGAGUAAGCUGGAUCCCAGCUCCAAACCCUUAGCCCAGGUGUUUGUGAGCUGCAAUUUCUGUGGGAAGUCCAUUUCCUACAGCUGUUCAGCUAUACCUCACCAGGGACGAGGCUUUAGCCAGUACGGGGUCAGCGGUUCCCCMACCAAGUCUAAGGUUACCAGCUGUCCUGGUUGCCGAAAGCCCCUUCCUCGCUGUGCUCUCUGCUUGAUAAACAUGGGAACACCCGUUUCCAGCUGCCCAGGAGGGUCCAAGUCUGAUGAAAAGGUGGAUCUCAGCAAAGACAAGAAGUUAGCCCAGUUCAACAACUGGUUUACCUGGUGCCACAACUGCAGACAUGGUGGACAUGCUGGGCAUAUGCUCAGCUGGUUCAGGGACCAUACUGAGUGCCCAGUUUCUGCCUGCUCAUGUAAGUGUAUGCAGCUGGAUACAACAGGGAAUCUUAUUCCAGCGGAGACUGUUCAAGCAUAAAUGUUAUCUUUGCAAAUUUGGGGUGCCCUGAUGGAUUUCCGUAACAGUCCAAGCAUAUUAGAAGGCUGCUUGUGGCUCUCUGACUGUGGAAAAAUAAAUUGCUAGCAGAUUAUUAAUAAACUGAUGUGUAUAUGACUGUGCUUGGUAGAAAUAAAUACUCCUGAAAUGAGUCUUGGGCUGUGUUGGGUGGGCUUUCUGCAGGAGGCUAAAGCAGUUGAGCUCAAAAGCACUCCUGAAGCUUUGCUAAAACUCAAAGCACUUUUAACAAAGCUCUCAGGGUGGUGCCCUUCUCUCUGUUUUCCAAAAAAAGUUGUUUAUAUGCUGUGUUCAUUGGAAAAUGGGGCUUCAAAAUAGGAKUGUUCUUUCAAAGAUCCUGUAGCCGUGCUGUGGAUUCCUCCUGCUCUUGACUGAUCACAACUUCUAUGCAGUCAUUUUCUUCCAAGGUCAUCCAAAGUGCCACUAAUUGUACUCUAAAGACUUGUAUAGAACAGUCCAUUUCUUUCUGCUCUCAAGUUUUGUUAAUAGUAAAGCAGCAUCUUUGCAAUUUGAGAUCUUAUAAAAUAAACCUACAUACCCACCUGAUGUGGACUUCAGCAGCUUGGGGGGAUUGACCCUAACGAGACAUCUGCAUCCUGAGAAGCAUUCCCUGAAAACCAUGUGUCAGUUCCAGGACAAAGGGCAGGUAAUUUAUUUUUACUAUACUGCUGUGAAGAUCUGAAAUCUCAAAGACUGGAGACUUGUAAAUAUUCAGUUUGAAGUUACAUGCUGAGUUUUGACUAUAAACAAAUUACAAAGAUAUUUGAAUACCAAGGACUUUGGGAUAAUUGGAUUUACCUGUGCUUGCAAAAUACACUGGGAAGUGUGAAAUGAACUGGUCUGUGUUUUUUCCUUCUUAUUUCCUUGUCUUUCCAGUAUUUCUGCACACCUAUUUCAGAUCACUAGUGAACACCAGUCUGCUCCCCCCCAAAGUUGGACAACUUUAGGUCAUUGACUAAGAGCAGUUAUAGAUAGAUUACCAACUGAAAGUGAGAUUUUUUUUUUAUUAGCUAAUAAGAAAGUCAAUGAUACUUGCUAGUGCUGUGCUAGGAGCUAUCAGUAGUGUUUCCUUGAUUUUUGUGGGCAACAAAGUUCACACAAAUUAGGGGAAAAAAUCUGUUUUAAGGUAUGUGAUAAUAACACCAGUUUAUUUGGUGUGUGUUUAUUUACUGGUAGAACAGUAAAUGAGUUACUUAACUUGUGUGCUAAGAAAUACUAAAUGGAAUCCUAGCGAUAAACUAGUACCAUAUUGCCAGGACUGUGAAAAAAUGGUGUUUUAAAAGGGAAUGUAGUGCUAUAUACCAUUAGUUCUAAGCAUGUAGUGUGGUUGUAACAAGACAAAAUGCAAAAAACAUUUUCUGUAAGUGUACUUGGUUUAUGAUUUGGGACUUUCAGUUUUCUGAUUUAAUGCUGAUGCUGUAAAUAUAUCUGCUACAUUUACUCCAAAAUUCUUGCCAAAUGAUGAAGAAUCUUUAUAAGCUCAAAUCUAAGAGGUACUUGAUAUUUUAAGUUACUGUCAUAGAAGAACAGUAAAUGUUU